GAAAUAGAAGGAGGUGUUGGAGAGUAAAUCCUUGCAUCUCCAAAGAACAGACCGCAUGUUUAGUAGGGGAAGGGAAAAUUGUGAUAAACUGUGGGGGAGAAGGAAUAGAAGUCACGCAGGUCACAAGAGCCGAACCACAGGAAUGCAGAAGUGAAGCUAGAAGAAUGUAUGACUGGAGGAGAGUUGUGUAGGCAGCACCUACAGGACCGCUGUGAGCAAAAGAUUUUGCAGAAGUUUUUCUCUUCUUUUUGCAGAAGUUUAUACUCUGCACAGAGUAUAAAAUCAUGCUCUCCCUGAAUCAAGCUGAUUCUGGUUGCACCUCCAACCUGGGUCCAUGCCUCCAUAUGCUGCAAAUGGGGCCUGAAUCAGGACUUGAACAGGAAACUCACUGAGUCCGGACCAGCAGCGUAGCCCAGCUGAACCAAUGGAAGAAUAUUGAUACCCACCCAUCACCUCUGCAGGACGGCAGAGCCAGCCAGAGAAAUGACGAUUUGCUGACCAAAGAGCAAAGUUCUUGCUGCGCACGCAGGGUGAUGCUCCCCACCGGUCUAACCAGGCAGUAGACAGCUCAUCGGCUCGGUCGGCACCAGCCCCAUCGCUUCUGAGAAACUUCACCAUCCUCAGUGUGGCAGACAAAAGAUUUGAACAAGUCCCAUGGAGCUCAAGUGCCUUUUGAUGUGGCUCUUGUUUGGAUCCGUCAUGGGGAACAAGCCAGAAGAAUGCCCAGAUCUUCCAACGACUGAAUUUGCUGAUGUUACUGCUGAAAUGUAUCCACUGGGGACCAAACUGUAUUAUGAAUGCGACAGUGGCUACACAAGGAAAAGUGGCCAGUACAUGGGGAUUCUGUGUAAGAAAACACACCAGGUUGCUGCUUGGGUCUACAGGGAAUUUGAAUGCAUUGAUAAGAAAACUUUGUUGUCAACGGCUCCCACAAUACAGUUAAAUGUUACACAGGAGCCAGAAAGAAAAACACAGAGCCCUGCACCCCAGAAGCAAGGCAACCUUUCAGAGUUUGACCAGAAAUAUUUUUGUGGUCCUCCCAAGACUAUGCCACAUGCCUCUUUAAGCCAGACCCAACAGUAUUACGUGGGACAAGUAUUACAUUUCAAAUGCCAGAGCGGUUAUGAUAAGCAACACCCCACCUCUGGCACCCGCAGGUGCGAGAAGGUGAAUGGCAAAAUCAUCUGGACCCCCCUUGACAUGCAAUGCAUCAAUGACAGCAGCUAUAGCACCAAGUGGCUGCCACAGACUACUGAGCCAGAUCUGCCUGUUUCCCUGUGGUGCCCAGUUCAGAGUGUUCCAGGUUCGACUCAUCCACCCUUUUCCUCAUCUGUGAUACUGCCAGUGACAGCUAUGGUUUUUGUUCUGCUAAUCAUUCCCGCUGCCUUUGUGUGACUCACCAAGCAGAGAAUAAGUAAAUACAGAAGAAGCCAUAGAAAACCUGCCUCUUCCCAGCUGUAGGAAAGCCUUUUUCCUGCUGUAGAGAAGACUUCUCAGGGAAUUGCGGUGUUCAGACCCGAAUUCAUGAAAUUGAUGCCUUGCCACAGAAGAAACCAGGUUGUACCAGCAACAACAAGACCAGCAGGGGCGAUUGAGGAGGAAGCCUGGACACUCAAAUCUAAUGUGUGAAGGAGGCGGAAAAUAUUACGGCUUAAUUCUUAUGGGGACAGAGUGACUUUCCACCUACGGGGUCCACCCCAUCAUUGACAGACAGGAAACGAGCCCUGCAUGAAACUGCUGCCCAGAAACACUUCUCCUCCUCCUCCCCUAUAGCAGAUGUAUUGCUAAUAUAACUGCAGCCUCUCCCAAGCGACCAGGCGUACAUAUGGACCGCUCGCCCAAGCACGUUAGAUGAUGGCACCGUCAUUACAGCCCACACACCACCUUCCCCACAAAGAGAGAUUCUAGACACCUGACAUCCCGUGUCCCUUCUCUACUCAGAUGGGUCAAACACAGUCACACUUUUCUCCUUCUCACACUGUUCGUCUUGGAAAAGGAAAUUAAACCCAUUUACCUCUGCACAUAAGCUGAAAAUCUUCCUGGACCCCCUUGUGGUUCAGUAUACACAUGCACCCCCCUCUAUCCAAUUAUUUUGGACUAACGCCUUCCACAACAGUUAAUACAUUAUUCCUACAGCUCAGAAAAGGAUGCUGCAGAUUGUGGCGGUUAAUUAAUUUGACAGCUCCUUUUGUAGCUGCAGAGCACCAAAGAACCUAGCGCAGAAAGCAUUUAAGGACAGACUCAAGCAUACACGAUACUUGCCAUGUACUUACAUUAUACGGGGAAUUUGUGAAGUUUGAAUAGUCUUCCACCCCUUUUAGCCACGCUUAGCCUGGUAGGAUGGGUUCAUCUGACAAAAUGCAAGCAUCUAUGUCUGAGGCAGAAAAUGGGGAGGACCAAGUCCCUUCAGAGAGCAGUUCAUCUCACCCUAUUGCCUAUAUAUACAUGUAUGUGCACAUUUAUUUAUGCCACAUAUAUCUACACACACAAAUAGAUAGAUAGAUAGAUAGAUAGAUAGAUAGAUAGAUAGAUAGAUAGAUAGAUACAGGCCAAAUGAUUCAUGGUUUAAAGAUGCCUCUUUCUCUGCAUUGACGCUAAACGAUGCCCAGAUUGACCAGAUUAGCUAUAGAUGCUUACAUGGUAUAUAACAAAAGCAAAAUGGGAUUAUAAUUCAGGAGACGUGAGAUUUUAGUGUGGUUCCCUAUUUUGUGAUAGAGUGUAUGUGUCAUUGUUUUACUGGUUUGUAUUCCUGUUGAGUUAUUCUCACACCAUAGCCUUUAUAUUUAUACUUCCCAUGCCUUUUUUUAUUCCUGUUGGAAUAGGACUUAUUUGUACUACAUAACUUUAUAAAGACAAAUGUGUAAUGGUCUAUUACAUGCUGUUAUUUUGUAUGGGAGCAAGCAACAAUCUGUAUUUCUGCAAUAGAUGAUGGGUUCUCACACCUGUCAGCUGCUCUAAAGGCUGCAGCAGUGGUACUAAGCUCUUCUGCUUCAUUCAGUCGAUGCACAUUACUUAUUACUAACAUAUCCCCCUAAGCUUUGCAGUUAGGCUGGCAUGGCUUGUCUUGCUCAGGGAAUUUCAGUGGAGAAAGCUAAUAUUUCUUCUGCUCCUAGCACGCACAUUUUUAUGCAGAUAACAAGAGCAGAGUCAUAUGUCUCCUACUGCACCAGUGGGUUUUUCCUCCUUUCUGUAGCCAGGUUGGCUCGGGGUCUCUCUCCACAUUUUGCCUUUGGUUCUUGGAAAUGAAGGGAGACACACUGCUGCUAAGAGACCUGUAAGCAAUGAUGGGUUAUAGACUGGACAACUAUUACGUGGCUUAAUUUUCCUAGCUGUUAAUGUCUACCUAGAGAGUCUGAACCCAGGUCACCUCCGCCACGGGAGCUGUGUCCCUUCCAACCCUUGCCGUUCUGUGAUUCUGUGAUUCAGUGUACGUACUUUAUCAGGAGGCUGUAACUCUCGGUUGCGCUGUACUUUACCUCUCGGUAGGGCUUGUUGGCCCUCAGGGGAAAUGUGUCCGAGACUUGAUCCUUCAAGACAACACACGGAGAGCAACUAGAAAUCAGUAGGACCCAGCCUGGGAGCAAAACUCCACCACUGGAAGAGGCUGUGGCCAAAGGGGCACCACCACUAUUGCGCUUCCUCCAUGGCCGCUCUUACUUGUUUUACAUGAGAUGUGGUGAUUGAUGUUUUUAUUUUGUAGACUUCCG